AUGAAUAUUUCACAACCCGUAUCGUCGCAGAUUGGCGGCGUCGAGUUCGCCUUCCUGCCGUCAGACGAGAUUCGCGCCUUGUCCGUCAAGCGCAUCACCAACCCUACCACAUUCGAUACCCUUUUGAACCCCGUACCCGGUGGUUUGUACGAUGCUGCGCUCGGAAACUUUGGCGACAACUCAUGUACCACCUGUAACCUGAAGUUCGGCUGCCCUGGCCAUUGCGGUCACGUCGAGCUUCCCGUCCAUGUCUACAACCCUACCUUCAUGGACCAAUGCUUGCGUCUCCUUCGCGCAAAAUGUAUCUACUGCCACAAGCUCAAGAUGUCCCGUUCCGAAGUCAACCGCUUCGUGUGCAAGCUUACCCUUGUCAAGUACGGCCUGCUGAAAGAGUGCUACGACGUCGAUGAAAUCACCCUCUCCACCUCCGACUCCAAAGCAACAGCCAGCAAAGACGAGUCCGAUGAUGAACAGGACGAGGACACCAAGGGCAUCAUUGCUCGCAGAAACACCUUUGUCAAGAACGCCCUCAAGCAAGCCGGCUUCAGCAAGAAACGCAACGACUGGGCCGACACCAAGAUCGAGGCCGUUGCCAACGAGAGACGCGCCAUCGUCAAGGAGUUCCUCUAUUCCAUCACAAAGAGCAAGAAAUGCAACAACUGCAACGGUAUCUCGCCCACCUACAGAAAAGACCGUUUCGUCAAGAUUUUCAGAAAGCCCUUAUCCGAGAAGGACAGAAUCGCUAUGGUCCAGGCAGGCUUCAAGGCUCAAGAUCCCCUUCUUUUGAUGAAGAAGAAGCGCGAGGCUCAAGCUAAGAAGCAAGGUCUUGCUCAGGACGAGGCUGUUGCAGACCUCGAGGACUCGCCUGCAGAGUCGGAAGGAGAAGGAGACAAUGUUUCAAUGCUCGACAUUGAGCAAGAAGUUGCUGGAGGAAAUGCCUUGGAGUCCGAGACUGCGACCACUAGCUCCAAAUCCGACAAAGACGAGAAGCAGACCUACUUGAACGCAGGUCAAGUACACGCUCACCUUGUUCAGCUUUUUGAGCAAGAUGCAGAGGUUUUGGGCAUGAUCUACACUCCUCGUUCCAAGGGUCGUAGAGGCGCUCCCCUCAGCGCCGAGAUGUUCUUUAUCAAAGAUUUGAUCGUUCCUCCCAACAGAUUCAGACCCGAAGCCAGAACCGGUGCCGACGAAAUCGCCGAAGCCCAGGAGAACUCUCUUUACAAGAACAUCAUCAACGUUUGCGACCAGAUGACUCAGAUCCACAAGGAGCUUAACGGCACCAUCCAGAACGAGUACGCGAGACGCCCGAGGAAUUACGCCGACUUUCAAGAUGCCUGGGUUCGCCUUCAAGAUGGUGUCAAUUCUCUUCUGGAUCGCGAUCGCAACCCCGUACAAGGAGGCGCUGGAAAAAGAAACGAAGAUGGUAUCAAGCAGCGUCUGGAAAAGAAGGAGGGUCUGUUCAGAAAAAACAUGAUGGGAAAGCGUGUCAACUUUGCUGCUCGUACCGUCAUCUCUCCUGACCCAAACAUCGAAACCAACGAAAUCGGUGUUCCGCCAGUCUUUGCUCUCAAGCUAACAUACCCCGAGCCUGUCAACGACCACAACUACAACGAUCUCAGACAAGCUGUCAUCAAUGGUCCCUAUGUCUGGCCUGGCGCUGUCGCCAUCGAGAACGAGAACGGUCAAGUCAUCAACCUGCAGAUCAAGAAUGCUGAGGAGCGUACUGCUUUGGCGAACCAGCUUCAAGCUCCUUCAAGCACCAACGUCAGUGGUGUCAAGACGAAGAAGGUUCACCGCCAUCUGAACAACGGUGAUAUUGUCAUCAUGAACAGACAGCCCACCCUCCACAAGCCUUCCAUGAUGUGUCACAGAGCUCGCGUCUUGCCCGGCGAAAAGACUCUCCGUAUGCAUUACGCCAACUGUAACACUUACAACGCCGAUUUCGAUGGUGACGAGAUGAACUUGCAUUUCCCUCAGAACGAGCUUGCCAGAUCAGAAGCCAUCAGCAUUGCUGACAACGACCACCAGUACCUGUCUGGAACUGCCGGUAAACCCCUUCGUGGUCUGAUUCAGGAUCACAUCUCCAUGGGCGUCUGGCUAACAAACCGCGACACUUUCUUCGGCCGUGAAGAUUACCAUCAGCUGCUCUAUGCUGGUCUCAGACCCGAGAACAACCACACCACAUCAGGACGUGUCGAGACUGUGCCUCCUGCCAUCAGAAAGCCUCGUCCGAUGUGGACUGGUAAGCAGGUCGUCUCAUCUGUCUUGAAGAACUUGACUCCCGAGGACUUCCCAGGUCUUACCAUGACUUCCAAGUCCUCCACUGCUGCCAAGAACUGGGGCACCAACUCAGAAGAGCAGGUUGUCAUCUUCAAGGACGGUGAGCUGCUGUGUGGUAUCUUGGACAAAUCACAAAUUGGUCCCAGCGGCGGCGGUGUGGUCAAUGCCAUCUACGAAACUUAUGGACACACCAUUGCCGGAAAGUUGAUGAGUGUGCUUGGUCGUCUCUUGACCAAGAUGCUUCACAUGCGCGCAUUCUCUUGCGGUGUUGAAGAUCUGAUCUUCACUCCCGAGGGUGAGAGCAUGAGAAGAGAAGCACUCAGCAAGUCUCACGCGGCUGGUCUCGGAGUCGCUGCCAAGUACGUCUCUCUGCAGAGUGAGAGUCCCGACACAAACGACCCGGAACUGCGCAGACGUCUCGAAGCUGUUCUCCGUGAGGAUGGUAAGCAGGCUGGUCUCGAUACCGUGAUGAACCAGACUACUGCCAAGGUUUCGGGUGACGUUACUUCCACCUGUUUACCUGCUGGUCUCGUCAAGCCUUUCCCCAAGAACCAAAUGCAAGCCAUGACUGGUUCUGGAGCCAAGGGUUCCGGUGUCAACGCCAAUCAGAUUUCAUGUAACCUUGGUCAACAGGUUCUGGAAGGUCGUAGAGUUCCUGUCAUGGUUAGUGGUAAGACUUUGCCUUGCUUCAAGCCCUUCGAGACAAGUGUCAGAGCAGGCGGUUACAUUGUUGAUCGUUUCUUGACUGGUGUGAGACCCCAAGAAUACUACUUCCACGCCAUGGCUGGAAGAGAAGGUCUGAUUGAUACCGCUGUUAAGACUUCCAGAUCCGGUUAUCUGCAGAGAUGUUUGAUCAAGGGUAUGGAGGGUCUCAAGUCUGAGUACGACACCACCGUUCGCGAUGCCGAUGGUUCCAUCAUCCAAUUCAUCUACGGUGAAGAUGGUCUCGAUAUUGGCAAGGCCAAGUAUCUGUCAGACUUCAAGUUCAUUGCCGAGAACCAUAUGUCCAUGUUCCACAACCUUGGCAUCAAGUCGGAAUUCGGUCGUAUCAUGAGCACCGAGGCCGCUGAGUACAACAAGAAUGCCGAGAAGAAGUACAGAAAGACCGGUGAUCUUGGAGCCAGCGACCCAGCCUUGUCGAUCUACUCACCUGCUCGCUUCGCCGGUAGCACUUCUGAGAAGCUUAUGCGCGACGCCAAGAAGUACAUUGACGAGAACCCCGACAAGCUCAUCAAGGACAAGAAGCGCAACAUCGAGGGCGUCGAUGGAUUGACCAAGAAGAGUCUACAGGCCAUCAUUGACGUUAGAUACCUCAAGUCGAUCGUCGAACCUGGUGAGGCUGUUGGUGUUGUUGCUGGUCAGUCAGUUGGUGAGCCCUCGACACAGAUGACGCUCAACACCUUCCAUUUGGCUGGUCACGCCGCAAAGAACGUCACACUUGGUAUUCCUCGUCUACGUGAAAUCGUCAUGACUGCUAGUGCCACUAUCGCCACACCUACCAUGACUCUACACGUCAACCCUGAAAUUCCUAAGGAGGAGAGCGAACAGUUCGCCAAGGGUAUCAGCAGACUCAGUCUUGCUGAGGUCCUUGACAAAGUCACCGUCACCGAGAAGAUUGGAAGAGGUGUUGCUUACGAGCAGGCCAAGUCCUACACAGUCCGCCUGCAGUUGUUCCCCUCUGAUGAGUACACCAAGGAGUACGCCAUCACUGUCGAGGACGUUGCUCGCACUAUCGAGACCAAGUUCCUCCCCAGACUCCAGGCCGUUGUGCGCAAAGAGCUCAAGAAGAAGGGUGACCAGAAGACACUCAAGAAGUCUGAUGCCAUGCCUGAGAUUGGUGAAUCCGCCGGCACGAUUGAACAAGAGUCUGGUCGUCCCGAGGGUGAACGCGAGGGUGGGGACGAUGAUUCUGACGACGAAGGUGAUGAUGAUGCCACCCGCGACAAGGCCAAGUCGAACAAGACGCAAGGUGGCUACGAUGCUCCUGACGAUGACGAGGAAGCUAUUGUUGCUCGUGGUCGCCGUGAGACUACACCAGAAGAUCAAGAAGACGAAGGCUUUGUCGGCAGCCCCAGCACUUCUGACGACUCCGACUCCGAAUCGGAAGAUGCAGAAGCUAGCAUCAAAAAGGUUGCUUACAACUCAAGAGAGCGUGAAGAGCGUAUCAAGGGUAACAAGUACACCAAUGACGUGUCUGCUUUCAAGUUCGACGACAAGACAGGAGCAUCAUGCUCCUUCACCAUCGAAUAUGCUGCAGAGACUGCCAAGCUUCUCAUGCUUAACUUGGUUGAAAACUGCGCUCGCGACGCUCUCAUCCAGUCGGUUCCAGGUCUUGCUGGCUGUAUGCUGACGACGGACAAGUUCAAGGACCCAAACACUGGCAAGGAAAUUGAUGUCGAUGUGAUCAUGACCGAGGGUGAGAACCUUAUGGCUAUGCGUACCCACCAGGGCGUCUUGAACCCCAACCGUUUCUUCACCAACGACAUUGCCGCCAUGCUCCGUCUGUACGGUGUUGAGGCUUGUCGUGCGUCCAUCGUGCGCGAGGUAUCCGCUGUCUUCGGUGGUCACGGUAUCAGUGUCGACCAGCGUCACUUGAACCUCAUCGCCGACUACAUGACCCGCGGUGGUGGUUACCAAGCUUUCUCUCGUCAAGGUAUCAAGGGCAACACCUCGCCCUUCAUGAAGAUGAGUUUCGAGACCACUGUCGGCUUCCUUCGCGACGCAGUCAUGGAGGAGGACUUUGACGACCUGAGCGGUCCUUCUGGACGUAUCGUCGUCGGCAAGAUUGGAAGAAUCGGCACCGGUGGUUUCGAUGUCAUGAUGCCUGUCCUUCAAGUUUCGAACCCUGCUCACGAAGAUGCCGAGGAUAACGGCGAUGUCAUGGCCGUUGACCAAAGCAGCGAGAGCGAGGAGGAAAGCGACGACGAGUAG